UUUUGCCAACUAGACAUAGUCCUGUCAAUAGCAAAAUAAUGCGAAUUAUUUAUUGUUUACAUCGGUAUUUCUUUAAUAUUUCGAUGCCAAACAUUUACCCGUGAUAUGUGACCCUGACUGUUGUUGUUGUGACUUUUGUUAAAAAUGUCGUGGCUUAAUUUAAAUCAAAGUUUAAACAGUUUAAAAGGCCAGAUAAGUAAUUUCGCUACAGAGGUGUUAUCUGAGGGUGUUGCACAGAGUAAUAGCGAUGAAGUGACGAAGACAGAAUCUUCAGUGAAGGAUCUAGAAGAUAAAUGCCGCCAACAAGAACUCGAGAUUACAACAUUGAAAAAUUUUAACGAAGAAUUACAAGCAACACUACAAUCUGAGAGACUUUCCCGACAAAAUGGCAUCAAGGAGGAAGAAUCGAGCUGGUCCUGGAACCCGAUACCCCAAGCACCGGAAGCGUUUAAUCAUGAAAUGGAAAAGCAAUAUAAACUACAAAUACAAGCUCUACAAAAUGAACUGUCAAACAUGAGAGAUCGAGGUGUCUCAGAUCAAAGAGUUGAUAACGAUGAAGAACUCAACAGGCUUCGAGAAGAAAAUAAAAACUUAACUUGUAGCCUUGAUGACUUAGAUAACCAACAUCAGAUAGCAAUGGAGAAGCUUCUGACUUUAAAAAAGGAACUACAAAAGAAUUUUGAAAUACUUAAGAAAGAACACGAGGAACUGAAGAGUUCUAAUGAUGAAUAUACAGCGGAAAUUAAAUUACUUCUACAUAAAAUAGGUGAGAGGGACCAAGAAAUUGAAGUUUUGAAAUCUAUUCAACCAGAUUAUGAUACUUUACACCAUAAGUAUCAAAAUUUGGAAAGAAUACAUAGCUUAUUAAGAGAAAAUGCAGAGAAGUUUCAGGAAGAGAAUCAAGAAUUACAUGAAGAAGUUUUCAAACUGCAAGAGCAAGUCACUAAACUUGAGCAUGAUUUAGAAAUAUCGACUAAACACAAUGAAGCUUUAAACACGGUCCCCAAAGAAAAAUAUGAUGAACUUUUAAAAGAGAUUACUGAGCUUAAGCAUAGACGAGAUUCAAGCCAAAUACAUUUAGAUGAGAUAAACAUAGAUGAUAACGCUAAAAGCGUUAUAGAAACAUUGAAAAGAGAUAUUAAUGAAUUAAAGCAUAAAUUAGCGCAGAAGGAAUCAGAUAAUAAUAACAGCACGGAAAUAAAAAGCUUAAAACCAGAUAAAGUAAUGCAACUGUAUAAUCGAUAUGUUAAUUUCGAUCUACCGGUAGAUUAUGUUGGUGAAAUGCCGACUGGUACUGAGAAUGUCGUUAUGCAAAAACUUGAAAAUGCGUUUAAGACUUUAAAUAAUUUCAAAAAAGAAAUCGACGUAUUAGAGCAAAAACUUUCUGAGAAAAAUUUAAAUAUUAAUCAUUUACAGACUCAAAUAGAUGACCUGACUACAGAAAAUGAGUAUCUAACGUCUGAUAUACAACAUCUAGAAAGUGAACUAGAAGAAAUGAAAAAAAAUAACGAUUUUCUCAUAUCAGAAAUUGCUGCGUUAAAGAAUACCUCUAAAUUAGAACCUAUUAUAGAAACUCAUGAAGAUAAUCUUGUUAAAUUAGAAUCUGAAUUAGCAGAUUGUAAUAGAAUAAAUAAAACAUUUGAAUCGGAGAUAAAGAGAAUCGAAAAAGAACUCAAGGAAGUUCAAAUCGAAAAGAAAAUAUUACAAGAAAGUCUAAAUGAUAUGAAAAAUAAAUAUACAUCGAUGCUUAAUGAACUAAAAAUUUGUAAAACUCAAACCGAAGCUGUUAAACAAUUAGAAAAUACAACAAGCUUAAACCACGAUACAAAACAUCAGGAAAUGAUAGACGAAUUAGAUGAUCUGAAAAAACAUUUGAACUCUGCUAAUUCCAAAAAUGAACAACUCUCAAUAGAUAUUCAUAUAGUCGAAAACGAUAAAGUUUUGCUUAAAAAACAAGUAGACGAUUUGCAAAAAGAAAUUCAAGCAAAAAAUAAUAGUUGUAAGGAAAUUGAGUCACUGAAAAUUAAUUUAGAACAUAAGUUAAAAGACGCUCAAAAUAGAACAAAUGAAAUCAUAAAAGUAAAAGAAAUGCUUGAAAAAGAAAAUAUCACUUUAAAACAAAGAAUUGAAGACAGUUCUAUUUCAACAGUCACGACAGAUGUGAAUAAAAUAACAUCUGAAAAAGAUGAAAUAGCCUCUAAGCUACAACAAUUGGUCGAAGAAAACCAAGCAUUAGAAAAACAAGUUAAAUUAUUGAGUAAUGAAAUAGAAGAUUUAAAACAUCACCAAGAAGAAUUAAUUACAGAAAACAAUCAGUUAAAAGAAAAAUGUUUAGUUGAAGCUAGAAAUAUAAACCACCUACAGGAAACUUUGAACGAACUACAAGUAAAAAGCAAUCAAUUUGAUAUUAUUAAUAACGAACUGUCUACUGCUAAGGAAGAAAACAAAGCAUUACUACAAAAGAAAGUUCAACUUGAACUAGAACUGUCUACUACGGAUAGCAAAAUUGUACAGUUAGAAGAAGAAUUUGAAAAGCUUGUAACAGAUCUUAAUGAAAAGGAUGCCUUAAUCGAUAGUCUGAACAAAACAGUAAAUAAAAAUAAUAUUGACAUUUCAAAUUUAAAUCAGAACGUAGCUGAUCUUGAUAAGAGUAAUCAAAUUAAAAAUGAAGAAAUAGAAUAUCUUCGACAUUCAUUAGAUGAGGUUACACAAAAAUUAAACAACACAAAUCUUACUUCUAACCGCACUCAAGAAGAACUAGAUAAACUACACACAGAAAAAGAAGAGUUAAACAAACAUAUAUAUGAACUAAAUGACGCAAUAAACAUUAAACAUUCUCAAAUUUCUACAUUAAACAAUCAGUUACAAGAGAUAGAAAAAUCACAUGCGGAAAGUAAAUUAUUAAUAGAAAGUAAAGAUAAAGAAAUAAAGGAGUUAACCCAAUCAAUAGUAGAAUUGACAGAUAAAAUAAAAGCGUCUGAAAAUACAACACUUUGUAAUGAACUAAAACAAGAUUUAGACUUAAAGGAAAUGGAGUUAGUAGAAACUAAGAAUAGGGCGAACGCGUUAGCGAAUACGUGUGUAGAAUACAAAGCUGAGAUAGACGAAUUAAUAGCUGAAAAAACUGAACUUAUCAAUUUAGUAAAUUUAAAACAUAACGAGAGUAUACAAUAUCAUAACGAGAUUCAAAGGCUAAAUCACGUUUUACUUGAACAGACGAAUGAGUUCAGGAGAAUUAUUGAAGAAAAGGAUAUACUAAUAAAGAAUUGUUCAAAUAGUUGUUCAACUUGUGAAAAUUUACGUCAAAGUUUGAAAGAGAAAGAUCAAAUUAUCAUGAAUCUUAAUCAAAAUCUAAGUGAACACGACAGGCUCAAAGUAGAGCUAAGUAACGCAAGUGAUACUGUGAAGAAUCUAACGAAAAGAUGCGAAGACUUGGACAAAAGUUUAACGAUACAAUUAGAUAUUGUAAAGAAAUUGACGGCAGAAAAUGUACAGUUGUCAGAACAAGAACAGAAUUCGUCUAGAGAAUUGGAAAGACUACGUCAUCACUUGGUAGAAAUGGAAGAAAAUUACACACAGGAGCUCAUGACGUCAGAACAGAAGCUCACGGAAUGUCAAACAAGGUUGCAUCAAGUCGAAGAGAGAGCGAAACAGACAAGCACUGUGUACACUAGCAAUAGUAUUCGCGCGAAUCAAGAAGUGGAAACACUCAGGAACCAGAUCAAAUUGUUGGAGAAACAAAGAGAGGAAGUCCAAGCAAGGCUCAGCGAAGCAGAAGAUGCUAGAAGUAGAAGCGAGGCCGCUCUCACUAACUUGCAAGUUGUCUUAGAACAAUUCCAACUAGAUAAAGAAAGAGACAUCCACGCCGCAACAGAGAAAGUAAGAAACAAGAUGGAGGACAUUAAACGUCACAAUGAAGUUCUUCAGCAAGAGAUAUUGAGGUUAAAUGGGAAACUAGAAGAAUCUAUAGCUGGACUACAAGCUGCGACCAGACUCGGCGAUCAAGUCGAAACUAAAACCGCACAGAUUAAUGAUUUGAAGGAGCAAGUCCGGACUCUCCAGACGUCAGUGGCUGCGGCGGAGGAGCGCUACUACAACGCCAUAUCGAACCAGCAGGACAGAGUCGAUAAGAACUUAGUGAAAAACCUUGUUAUCAACUAUGUGUUGACUGCUGGACAGAGCAGUCUUAAUAGGACACAAAUCCUCCGAAUCCUAUCGACCGUCCUGGACUUCAAUCAGAAAGAAUGCGAGAAGUUAGGUCUCGUCAAGUCAUCGAACACUGGGGACAGUCUAGCCGCUGAAUUUGUGAAGUUCCUGCAAAACGAAUCUAAACCAAGACCACAACUGCCAGACAUGAUGGGUUUGCAGGGUGGGAGGGCGUCUGUGUCCAGUUCGAGAAAGAGUUCUACGAUUGGCCCCCAUCCGGUAUUCGAAAUCGGUCACAGGCGGAACCCCUCCACCGGUUCGAAUAAUCUCCUAUUCCAGAAUCUGGAAACCAUGGAAACAGCGUCCCAAGUUUCUGUGGACUCAGAAAACAGAGUGAUUCCAAUCAACACCUUGGAUACAGGUAUCAACCAGACGAGGAAUAACGAGGGGGCUAUAUUGAAACACGUUUUGAAAGAUAUGUGAUAGAUUAUAUAAUAAAAAUUAUACUUUUUUUGUUUCUUCAUACUUCAA